UGUGACGAGCUCUUGCCGACAGAAUUUGUAGAAAGAAAAGUGCAGUAGUACUUUGCUUGUUCGUGAUCCGGAAAACUGGAAGUCUGGAACCAUGGCCGGCACAAAAGAAACAACGUUUCCCAAGGGGUUCAAAUUUGGCGUUGGAACAGCUUCGUAUCAAAUAGAAGGUGGCUGGAAUGAAGGAGGCAAAGGUGAAAAUAUCUGGGACCGCAUGACCCAUUCGAAACCCGAUACCGUCGAGAAAGGACACAAUGGAGACAUCGCUUGUGACUCGUAUCACAAAUACGAAGAAGACAUAAAAAUUCUCGACGAUCUUGGAGUUGAUUUUUACCGAUUCUCCUUCUCUUGGUCCCGGAUCUUGCCAACGGGAUUCACAAAUAAGAUUAACCCAGACGGAAUUCGGUAUUAUAACAAUUUGAUUGACGGACUGAUUGCUCGAGGAAUCGAACCAAUGGGAACCAUAUUCCACUGGGACCUGCCACAGCCCCUGCAGGAACUCGGAGGCUGGCAAAACGAGGCACUGGUCGACUAUUACACGGACUACGCGGAAGUCUUGUUCGAGAAUUUCGGGGACAGGGUGAAAACUUGGUUCACCUUUAACGAGCCUUGGGUGAUCGCAACACUUAGUCAUGGCGGAGUUGGCUUAGCACCAGCGACGCACUCGCCUGGCGUUGGAGUUUAUCUUGUCGGCCAAACACUGCUCAAGUCCCACGCGAAAGCUUACCAUUUAUAUCAGGAAAGGUUCAAGAGUAAACAGAAAGGUCGCAUAUCGAUGGUCAUUCACUGGUUUGGGUAUGUGCCUAAAACCGAUGCCCCCGAAGACGUUGCACUCGCUGAAAAGGCGAAGCAGUUCAAAUUCGGAUGGUUCGCCCACCCGAUUUUCAGCGCACAGGGUGACUACCCCCAAAUAAUGAAAGACGCCAUCGCGGAGAAAAGUGCGCAGCAGGGUUUCCCGAGAUCUCGACUUCCGGAACUUGGAAAAUAUUGGGUCGACUUGAUCAGAGGCACUGCUGACUUCAUUGCCGUCAAUACGUACACUGCGCUACUCACCAUUCCCAAUCCAGCCGCCACAGAAGCAAGCUGGAUCAACGACUGUGGUGUAAAAUUAACGAACGACGGCUUGGAUUGGCCGGAAUCCAUGUGCUUCUGGCACAAGGAAAAUCCGGUAGAGUUCGGCAACAUGUUCCGGUGGAUAAGAAAUGAGUAUGGCGAUCGUGAGAUAAUCGUCACGGAAAAUGGUUGGCCAGAGGAUGGUUCAUCGAAACUUGAAGACUGGGAACGUAUUCGUUACGUGCAUCGCUAUCUGGCAGAGCUACUUAUAGCUAUUCAUCGCGACAAGAUAAACAUUACUGGUUACACCCAUUGGAGCCUCAUGGACAAUUUUGAAUGGAUCCAGGGAUACACGAUGCGGUUUGGAUUGUAUUACGUCGACUUCGAAGACCCGUCCAGACCACGGACAAUCAAGAAAUCUGGAGAGUAUUACCGUGAUCUGAUUUCGAAACGACGGCUGCCCGAACAUAUCAACGAGGAGCUUUUUGCCAGCGAUAAAAAAUUCGCCAAGCGUACAAAUCUUUGUGUCUCAACACACGGAAAAGAAACUUUCCUGUUAUCGUAAUUGGCAUAUCGGAUAGGUCUAUGUAAGGAGAACCUGCACCUCACCAAAUAUGGUAAGCGUGACACGUGUUAUCAAGCCCAAUACGGAAUCUAAAUGAAACAAUAAAGUUCACU